UACUCGUUUGCACUCUCGGAACAGACCAUUCUUCGAAUUCAUCCCACUCACUGUCGUGUAUUCAAUUACAAAAGAAGGGGGUACAAUGUCGCUCAAACUAUUAGUGCUGUUUUGGAUUUGUUUGACGCCUGCAUUUGGGGAUCAAUUUCUAAAUGAAUUGAGGGCGGACACCUGGGCGGAUCGACUUGCGUCCUUUCCCAGUCAAAUUCUUCAAAGCGCUGUCGGUACUUUUUCAAAUAGCAGUGGCGUACCAUCAGGAUGCGGCAAACCACCAAACUUUCCCCUGGGAAUAACCCUCCUUUCUUCCGAUUUCCUCAAUUGGUCAGAACUUUUAAACAUGAGGAGUUUAUGGGCAGCGGAACCCGAAACACCUGAGGAUGUCGUGACCCUUGCCAACUGGGCUUACAAACACGGGUAUUCCCUGCGUCCUCGUGGGUAUUCACAUUCCUGGGCACCUCUCACAGUCACACCUGCUUCACAAUGCUCUCGUACACUCAUCGUCGACACUACCAAACAUUUAACAGCUAUGCGCAUGCUGACCAAUUCCUCCGGCCUUCAUGCCCCAAUUAAUGUCCUCACUCAGACUGGAGCAAGUUGGGAAGAUCUCUUAAACUAUUUGGAAUCCAAAAAUUUGGGCAUAUUUUCAUUCCCCGCAGUGGGAAAGAUGACCAUCGGUGGUACUUUGGCAGUUGGUGCUCACGGUACUGGGUUUCCAACCCGGGCAGCGAAACUGGACACAGGUUUCAGGACAGGGUCAAUCUCCAACUUGAUUACUUCCUUGGACGCAGUCGUCUGGGAUUAUAAAAAGAAUGAAUACGCUCUGAGAACAUUUACCAGACUUCAGGAUGAGGAUAUGCGAGCGUUUUUGGUUCAUCUUGGCCGAGCCUUUAUCACUCAAGUCUCUCUAAUGGUCGGCCCCAACUAUAAUUUGAGAUGUCAAUCGAUCACUAAUAUCCGAGCAGAUGCACUCUUCUCAAGGGAUCAUGAUAACGAAAAUGCCCUCGCAAACUUUGUCGAGAACUACGACCGAGUUGAAGCCCAAUUUUUCCCAUACACGGAUAGAACUUGGCUAAAAUUGUGGACCGAAGAAAAAGUAAAAUCUGGAAAUGCUCUCACAAUUGAUAAACCAUACCCAUAUACGCAUGGAAGACAAGUAUUCCGGCCAGCGGAUCGACUUAUUUCUCUACUGGCUUCAGGAAUUACUCGCCUUACGCCAGUCAUAUCUAGAAUGACCUAUGAAAUCGGAGUGUCUGGAGUUGCCUUAACUAGAACGGCUGACGUUUGGGGGCCAUCUAAGAAUUCCUUGCUGUAUUAUCACCAUCUAGCUCAUAAGUUUGUGUCAUUGGGUUAUAAUGUUGUCACAUCGAGAGCAAAUAUCCAAAAAGUGGUCAACCUUUGCUACCUGUUUUACUCGAGGUUGUCCGAUGAAAUGGCGACGAAGGGCAUGUGGCCAAUGAAUCAACCGCUCGAAUUCAGAAUUACUGGCUUGGACAAAGUCGAAGUAAUGGAAAUUAAUUCAACAAAGACAACAAUCAAACCACCAGCACUCAGUUUUCUGAGUGAAAUAGAAGGACAUCCAGAAUACGAUGUCGCUGUAUUUUUUGGACUCCAUUACUUUCCUGGGACGCCAAAUACUGCGACUUUUAUGAAGGCGUGGGAGUCAUUCUUAUUCACGAAUUUCAAUGGUGGUUAUGCUACGGCCCGUGUAGAGUGGGCAAAAACUUGGGGGUUCGACGAUGACAAUUCUUGGGUCAAUUCGACAGUGUUUAACCAAAUUUUGCCAGCCACCUAUGGAUCGGAAUGGAAUUGGGCAAUGGCGAAACUUGAUGAAUAUGAUCCACAUAACAUCUACUCGAACGAGUUCCUUCAAAAACUAACACUUCCAUUACAUUGAAAAACUCACAAAAAGUUAAAACCAUGCAGUCAUUUGUAAUAUGCGAGGAGCAAAAUAAACGGAAAAGAAUGUUCGGAGUGGAUAAA